ACACUAGUAACAACUCAACUCACAACUCACCAGUCAGAAAAAUCAUCUGCUCACAAGCUCACAAGUCACACCUCACUCUCUUUCUGUUUAUGUCACCAACUAAUCCCACAAAUCAAGAAACCCCAUUCCAUUUUCUUGAUUUCCAAUUCAGUGGGACUUCCUAAAAGACUAACACUUCAGAAUUUAGACUACAUGUAUAUAUCAACACUGCAUAAUUAGCAAGAUAUCAAUCAAAUGGCCUUAAACACAGUAGGUGAUGCUGUGGGAUUAGACUAUUGGCUUCAGUGGCAAGUUCUUGUUUGUGCCUUAAUUAUCAUAAUCCCAUUAGGAAUUUCACUUAAAAUUACCAUCAGAAGUAGUGGAAAUGGUCAUCAACAGCUCAAGUCUUGUGAUUUAUGGCUACCAUGUUGGAAAAAUCUUCAUCCCAAGUGGCUUUUGCUAUACAGGGUCAUAGCUUUCUGCUCCAUGGCUUUCUUGCUGUAUCAGACUGUGGCCUCUUUUGGUCUUUUUGUCUUCUAUUUCUAUACACAGUGGACUUUUACAUUGGUGCUGCUUUACUUUGCGAUUGGAAUUAUUGUAUCCUCCCGUGGGUGCUCGAUGUACUCAAAGAAACCUUCUACUCAGGUUGCUGACGGAGAUACGCUCUCUAAGAAGGAUCACCAUGAGAAGGCUAAUAAUUUUACUACAAAUGUCAAGGCCAUAGAAACAAAAAGCUUAAGUGGUCAAGAAGCAGGAGCUUUGGAAAUUCUUAUGCAUUCUAUAUAUCAUGCAUGUGCUGGUGCUGUCGUGCUAACAGACUUGGUGUUUUGGUUCAUUUUAGUUCCAUUGAUGUCAGGGAAAGAUUUUAAACUCACCGUGUUAAUUGGGCUAAUGCAUUCUGUGAAUGUUGUUUUCCUUCUCCUGGAUUCAGCCUUCAACAAUCAUCCAUUCCCUUGGUCUCGAUUCACAUAUUUUGUGCUGUGGACUGGCGCCUAUAUUAUUUUUCAGUGGACAAUUCAUGCUUGUGGAGUUACAUGGUGGCCUUAUCCUUUCCUCGAGCUAAAUACUCCAUGGGCACCUGCCUGGUAUUUUGGUAUGGCUCUGUUUCAUGUUCCUUGUUAUGGACUAUAUGCACUCCUCGUAAAAGCAAAAGACUUUGUUUUCUCAAGGAUCUUCCCCCAUGCAUUUUUAAGGGUUACAAUGGAGAAGAAGCAACCUUGAAAUCUCCACGUUCCCCCACCUAUUGUUAAUGCUCAUUUCUGAUUGUAUUAAACAUUGAACGAUUAGUCAGGUGAAGUAGUCAGGUACACUUCACCAUUUGUAAUGGAUGUCAGAUUCUAUAAUUUAUGCACAUAUAUCGUACGAAGUAUAGUUUAGUUUUA